AUGGUGUGGGAGAAAAACCUGAAGAAGAUCGAGAUGCACAAUCUGGAGCACUCCAUGGGGAAGCACACCUACAGACUGGGCAUGAACCACUUCGGGGACAUGACUAACGAGGAGUUCAGGCAGAUCAUGAACGGCUACAAGCGCAAAGCGGAGAAAAAGGUCCGGGGGUCCCUGUUCCUGGAGCCCAACUUCCUGGAGGCACCGCGGGCGAUCGACUGGAGGGAGAAGGGCUACGUCACCCCCGUCAAAGACCAGAGAUAA